AUGUCCUCACACAGCACUCGUACCAGCCACGUCGGCUUGGAUGUCGAGGCGAAUUAUUCUCACAUCAAUGGACAUAAAGCACAAGGGGCAAACUCGAAAACUGAGGAUCUAGCGACAUACCUACCAACAUUGUUGAACGGUUCAACGGCAACCUCGAACCAAUUGGCCUUGACCAAGUCUACAUCACUUACAUCCAUCGAUGCAUUGUCUAGCAGCGCAAAGACGGAGAACGACCUGAUCAAGUCCUGGGCUAUACUACUUCACCUAUAUGCGGUUGCUGAUACCGUCUGUUUCGUGGUUUCCGGCCAACUACGAGACAAUGAUGCCCACACUGGAUCAUUUGCACAACUGGUGACUUCACAGUGGUCACGACCCUCGUCAGAGCAAAGCGUCGAGCCUCAACUGCGACUUGAGCCUUAUGUUUCUUCGGAUCACGCAAGUAAAGCUAAUACUUUGGUCCAAUUUGGCGGGCCCGACGUCGUUGACAAGGAUUUCAGCUAUGUCUUGCAGUGGAAUGGGCGAAACUCUACAGACCUUUGUCUACACACGAGCCAGGAGAUAGUGCCUCUGGUGUUUGCAGGCUCAGUAUGGGACACUCUGUUGGAAGUUUACCAAAGUGUCAGCCAUGGGCUCCAACUUGGAGUAUCUCUCAGCGCCGCGGACCAGACAGCCAUUCGGGAGGAGGUUCAGAACCCGCUAUUCGAAGAGCGACUGUGUUUACACCAGCUUUUUCAAGAGUCCGUCAGACUCGCCCCCAAUGCUCAGGCCGUGUCAGCGUGGGAUGGAUCUCUUACCUACACUGAAUUGGAUCAGUUGUCAAACGUUCUAGCAGCUCAGCUUAUUGAGAGCAGUGGCGUUUCGCCAGGAAAAUACGUCGCUUUCUCUUUUGAGAAGAGCAUGUGGAUGGUUGUUGCCGUCCUUGGAAUUCUCAAGGCCGGAGGCGCCAUUGUGUCCAUUGACCCGUCUCAACCGGAUGGCCGAGCUGAAGAGAUACUUAAAGAGAUCAAGGCAGAUGUUAUUGUAACAUCCCCUAAACAAGCUUCAAGAUUUGUCAAUCUUGUCCCGAAAGUCGUUCAAAUAUCGUCAAAAACCAUACACACUAGCAGGAACGGCAGUCCAACCAUUCCAAUACUACCUGUCGUUCGGCCGCACAACCCUGCCAUGGUCAUCUUCACUUCAGGAUCAACAGGGAAACCCAAGGGCAUCGUCAUAUCACAUGGUGCAAGUUCAACUCGCAUGAUAACGGAGGGCAAGUCUCUCUUAUACGAGGGCGCAAGAACUCUGCAGUUCGCUGCAUCGACAUGGGACAUCUUCAUGACGGAUAUAUUCACCACAUUGACAUACCGGGGCUGCAUUUGUGUCCCCAGCGAGGAAGAACGACGAUUCAAUCUCGCCAAGUUUUGCAAGGAGAAGGAGGUUACGCUUGCACUCAUUACGCCAUCGCUUGCUGAUUUACUUGACCCGGUGGACUUUCCGACUCUGAAGGUGCUUAUCUUUGGAGGAGAGGCCUUGAGGAAAGACAUUGCUCGGAAGUGGAUGAAUGUGAAGGGCCUUACACUGCUUCAGGGCUAUGGACCGGCAGAAACGGGUUUCAUUAUUGGUACCUCGAAAGGGGAUGUACAGUUUGAUGAACGCCCAGAAGUUCUGGGUUACGCGAGAGGUAACUCCGUUUGUGUACUUGUCGACCCGGAAAACCAUGAUAGGCUUGCUCCUCGUGGAGCAGUCGGUGAGCUAGUCGUUGGCGGUCCGACUCUCUUCUCGGAAUAUCUCAAUGCCCCUGAAAAGUCGAAGGCGGCUAUAAUCCAGAGUCCGUCUUGGGCAGCUGACUUGGGUUACGAUGUGAAACGGUUCUACAAGACGGGCGAUCUCCUUCAUCAGAGUCUAGAUAAGCUAGACGGCCGGAUGGAGUUUGUUGGUCGCAAGGAUGACCAGGUUAAAUUCCACGGGCAGCGCAUUGAGCUGAAGGAGAUUGAACACCACCUGCGAAAUCUUCGUGGUGUAGAGAAUCGUGUGGUCUCAUGCGUGGUAACUCUCCCCAAGACGGGUCAGUUUAGAGACAAACUGGUCGCAGUCGUUCAAUGCGAUACGAACAACGCCGAGGGAGUUGAUGGAAUACUUUCCAUACGGCAUGAUGUUUCUUUGACCGUAUCUACUGUCAAGAAAGCCUUGUCUUCCACGCUUCCUGCUUAUAUGAUCCCCAGCGAGUUACUAAUUGUUCAUCAAAUACCCCAUAACAGUGCCAUGAAGCUUGACAGGGCUCGUGUGAAUCGAUGGGUCUCUGAAUUGCAGAUUGAUGAAGUGAGAUCAGGCAUCGAUCUGCAGCUCGAGGGCGAGGUCUUGCUUAGCCAGGAGCUAACCGCUAGAUCUAUAGCGAGAGAGUAUGCUCGUCUUGUAUCCGGAAAUGAUGCAACUCGCCGACAGCGUUGCGAAAACAAAGAUUUCAACCUCCAAGCCGGAGGCAUCGACUCAAUUCAAAUCAUUUCGCUCUCCAUGUUCAUCUCAAAGACGCAUAGUGUCCAGGUUCCCAUGGCGGAUAUUCUAAGUUCACGGGCAACGAUUCGUUCAAUCGCUUCUAUCGUGGACAAGAGGCGGACUACGAGUCAGAAAGAGACAAUCAUUGACCUGGCAAGCGUUGAGAGUGAGGUCAAUAUCCAACUUCAAGCCAUUCGCUCUGGUGCGCUUAAAUCUUACUCCAACUCGGACGUGAAGAGUGUGUUCGUGACAGGUGGAACGGGGUUUUUGGGUAUCGAAAUUGUUCACCAGUUGCUCGCUCAGUCAGACUGCCAUGUUUACGCUCUCGUCAGGGCCCCAACAGAUCAAGAAGCCACAGAGCGAACUGUUGAAAGAGCCGUUGAAGCUGGAUGGUGGGACGAAUCCUACUUAUCCAGACUCCAUGUUUGGAAAGGCGAUUUGAAGAAACCCCAGUUUGGGCUCACCGACAUACAGCUGCAAAUGCUUCGAGGGCAAUCUCCCAACAGCAUUGAUGCAAUCAUUCACAAUGGUGCCAAGGUUCACUACAACUUGGACUACGACAGUCUCAAAGCCACAAAUGUCACACCAACUGUUGAGCUGCUGCGAUUGGUAAACGAGCGCGUGAAGCCACUGAAGAGUUUUGUUUUUGUGUCCGGUGGGCAACAACUUAGCUUUGAUGAUGCUGGUGACGAAGAAAACGUUACCAAAGCUUUGAACGGGUCUGGCUAUGCUCGCUCAAAGGCAGUAUCAGAGCUUCUUGUCAAAAGAUUCGCUUCAGAACAGGACACCCAAAAGGUGAAGCAUAUCCGCGUAGUCAAGCCAGGGUUCAUCAUUGGCGAUGCGGAUCGUGGUGUCGCAAAUCAGACUGACUUCAUUUGGAGAUUAAUUGCCGCUUGUGUCGAUAUUGGAUACUACAACGAGAACGACAUAGAAAGCUGGCUGUUCAUCUCGGACGUCACUCGCGUAUCACAUUCGAUUCUGGACAGUGUCUUCCAAGCAAACACCAAACCAGUUGUGAAAGUCCUGGAUGGCAUCAAGUUCAAGGAUCUGUGGGCGACUCUCGGCCAAAACUUUGGCUACGAUCUCCAGCCAUUACGUCGCCAGGAGUGGCUUUCGCGAGUUUGCCAAGCUGUGACAGCUAAACAGGAAGCCCAUGUUCUAUUCCCAUUGAUGUAUAUGCUGGAUACAAGUGAUGAACACAUCGGACUUCUCAAUGGACCGGACAAAGCAACAGACGGAGUCGAAGCUGCUAUCAAAGCAAACAUUCGACAUCUCCUCAAAGUCGGGUAUCUGCCUCAGCCAAGCUCGGUAGCAACUCCUGCGUCCUCCCAGGAUGGUGAAGUGUAUGAACGAGACGCUUUUGAUGUUGAAGCAGUACGCCGAGAAUUUCCAGCUUUGCAUCAAGGCGUUGUGGCUUUCAACAAUGCUGCUGGAACAGUCUUACACAAGGAGGCUAUUGACGGUACUCAGAAGUACAUGACUGCGUUUCCGUAUGAGUUGGGACGAAACGACCCGCAGAGCCAACAGAAAACAGAAAAGCUUAUGAGUACAUAUGCUGAACUCGCUUCAUUCAUGAACGCAGAGCCUGACGAAGUUGCCUUCGGACAAACAUCCACCUUCCUACUUCGCAUGCUUGGUCAAGCACUAAAGCCCCAUCUCAACUCAGAUUGCGAAAUGAUCGUUUCGAAUCUCUGCCAUGAAGCCAGCGCUGCUGCAUGGGUUGCACUAGCAAAGGAUCUAGGCAUCGCGAUCAAAUGGUGGGCACCACCACCUGGUGACGACCCGUGCUUGUCUGUGGAAACACUAAAACCUCUAUUGACUUCUAAAACACGAAUCGUCACUUGCAACCAUGUGUCUAAUGUGGUGGGCACAAUUCAUCCCAUCCGCCAGGUAGCCGACUUGGUUCACACCAUCCCCGGCGCCAUCGUCAUUGUCGACGGCGUCGCAUAUGCGCCUCACCGACCCAUCGACGUCAAGGCCUUUGAUGUGGACUUUUAUUGCUUCAGUUGGUACAAGGUUUUUGGCCCGCAUGUCGCCCAGCUCUACGGUCGACGUAGCGUGCAAAAGCGCCUGUUACAAGGUAUAAGUCAUUACUUCCUCGGUGAUAUGCCUGGCCUCGACUGGCGUUUACGACUGGGCGCCAACUCAUUCGAGCUAGAGGCAGCCUUGGUUCCCAUAACCAAGUACUUGAAGAGAGUGGGUUGGAAGAACAUCGUCGCUCAGGAGACGCUUCUACAGGAAAUCUUCCUCGGCCAUCUCAGACGCCGACCGGAUGUCUUCCGCAUCUUUGGCGAAAAGUCAUCCGACUCGAGUAAACGUGUUCCAGUGGUUACGUUUCGAGUUACUGGCAAGACUUGCCUUGAGGUUACGAAUAAGAUUUGUCAGAAGGGGAGGUUUAGAGUUGUGUCAGGGAAUUGCUGGGCUCCGAGACCUACGCAUGAUGUGUUGGGGUUGGACGAGGAUGGGCUGAUUCGAGUUAGUUUUGUGCAUUAUAAUACUGUGGCUGAGGUGAAGGAGUUUUGUGAGGAGCUUGACUUGGUUGUGGCUACUUUGGAUAAAGAAGCUAAGUAG